GGGCCUUCUGAGCGGCUGGUGGAGUGUUUGGUCUCGUUCUCCUGGCUGUGCAGGUAGUGGCUAUAGGCGAGCGGGAGCGCCUCAGCCGGCUGAGAAGGGCUUGGGCAAUGAUUUCUUUCCAGCAAAAGAUUUUAAACUUAAUCAAAUGUUUCAGAAGACAAUGGCCCUUAUUUUCAAACUCUGAAAGGACUACUGUAUGUGGAGCAGACCGCAUGCUGACAGCAUUACAACUGUCCAUGGCUGAAGUCAAUAAACAGCACCAUGGAGACUUUGCAGUAUCUCCCAGUGAUGUGAUGGAAACUUGGAAAUAUUUGUUACAUGACAAACUAGGAUUAUCAUAUGAGAACAUGGAAGAACCUGAAAAUUAUGCUGCCUUUAAAGAGGCCUAUCAUACCUUUUUGGCAAGCAGCAAUAUGUUAGAUAUAAUAGACAUAUAUCAAAAGUGCUGUGCUCUUGAACUUCUGUCUGAAGAUGAACGCAUAGCCCCUAUUCAACUGCUGGAAUUUAUUUCUGGUGCAAUGAACGUGUCAGAAAGUAAUGGUUCUGUCCUUCCUUCUACACCAGUCAACAGACAGGAUCAGAGCAGUGUGAAGGUGAUGCUAUUUGCCAAGAACUGUUUUUAUUCAUAUUUAAGCCUGUUGGUGAAUUCUAAGGAUGAUCUGGCAUUGGCUCGUAUUCUAAAUGUUCCUGACAGAGGACUUGGUAGAGAAGCCUUCACUAAACUAAAACAUGCCUCACGGGAGAGAAAAAUGUCAAUUUUCCUGAUGGCAACAUCUUUUAUCCGAACAGUAGAACAUGGAGGAAAAGGCUGUGCCGCUUCAUUAUUUGAUCCACUAAGAGUCCACAUAAAGGAGCUUUCUAACUUCAUUAAUUUUAUUGACAAGCUGGGAGAAAUAGUUGGUGAAAUCCCAGAUCCAAGUUGUGUAACCUUAGAAGACAUCGCUGAACUUUCAAGUAUCAGUAGUAGCAUGAACAUUCCUUAAAGUUUAGGGAUGCUGUAAAGCUUAUAACCCUAAAACUAUUUAAGGAUUCUGUACAUCUUGGACAACGUUUAUGAAGUAAAUGGAGAACUUCAUGAUCUACUUGUUUCUGUCUCUUGACAAGAAAGAUAUAAAUGUUGCAUUUGCCAGUGAAGUGGAUGAUUAUUAUAUACCUGGUGAACUGGAGGCUUUUUUACAAUGAUAUAAAUUAAAACUUGCAGUACUCAUCUAUUAUUUUUGAAAUGCUCCUCAUUUAGACCAAACAGUAAAACGCUUCUUGCAUCCAGAUAGAACUUCUAUUUCUGGAAUGACAUUUUUCAACUUUAUAAAAGCUUUGUAUGACUCAAGACUGAGUGACGGAAAAGUAUUUGUAUUAUUGAUUGCUGCAAUUGUGGCUUCAUAUGCAUAUGUAUGUAUGUAUAUAAAAUUUAAAAGUUCCAGCUGGUUCGAUAGAGUAGCAAAGUUGGUAGAUAGCAACUAGUUCUUGAAUUGGGCCCUCACUUUUUUGUAUGUACUGUCCACUAGGUGACACUAUUGCACAGCUCACAGUAGUAGCAGUUCAAACCAAACAGCUGCAGUAAGUGUUCCAUUCGUCACCUUUGAGCGAGUGUGAUACUUUGGGCUGGAUCUUCACAUCAAGUCCAUGAGCAGUCUUCUACAUUUGAUUUACAGUUUGACUUGAUCAUGCAUGUGUAUUAGUGCACUGAGCUUUCAGAGGGUAGGGAAAAUACUGUUUCUCAUGUUGCCUUUGUAAAGCUGUGAUUGUAUCCUAAAAUAUUUACCCAUAGAGAGAAUGCAUAUGAAGCUUUAUUUGAUCUUGUCCUCAAUGUUUGGAUUAAUUGGAUAGCUUUCAUGCAGCUCUGGAGUUUUGUGUUCCUAACUUGUGGGAAAGUUGUGCAAGCAUGUGCAAAGCACUGUCUCUGGAACUGUAGAAUCAUUUAGAUUAGGAAAGACCUCUAAGCUCAUCUAGUCCAAUGGUCAGCACAUGUCUAUUAACCAUGUCCAUCAGUGCCACAUCCACACGUUUCUUGAACACCUCUGGGGACAAUGACUUCAACACCUUCCUGGGCAGCCUGCACCAGUGCAGCACCACUCUUUCUAAGAAGAAUUCUUUCCUAAUAUCCAACCUGAACCUUCCGUGGUGCAGCUUAAGGCCAUUACUGCUUGUCCUCCCACUAGUUACCUGGGAGAAAAGGCUGACCCCAACCUUGCUACAAUCUCCUUUCAGGUCGUUGUGAGGAAUGAUAAGGUCUCCCCUGGGCUUCCUCUUUUCCAGGCUGAACAAUCAGUUCCCUCAGUCACUCCUCAUGAGGCUUGUUCUCCAGACCCUUUAUUGGCUUUGUUGCUCAUUUCUGGGCACAUUGAACUUAAGAUCAUGAAAUAAUUUUUGUGAAAGUAGCUUCAGGAAGCUUUUGAUUCAACAUCCUAUUCAAAGCAGGUCAGUUAUGAGGUCAGCCUAGGAUAGUUAGGGCUUUAUCCAGUUAAGUUUUGAAAACCAUCAAGGAUGGAGACUGCAGCAUCUUUCUUGGCAAGUUGUUCCACUGCUUGAGUGUCCUCAUGACAAGAAGCUUUUUUCUUAUAUCCAGUUAGGACCUCUCUUAUUUCAGUUUAUGCCUGUUGUCUUUCUUCUGUCCACUAACUGCCAACAGCCUGUCUUCGUCUUCUUGAUCACUUCCUUGUAGGUGUCAGAAGGCUGCUAGUGGAUCUCCCAGAAGCCUUCUCUUCUCCAGUCUGAACAAUCAGUUCCCUUAACUUCUCAGAUGACGUCUCCCUGACCAUCUUGGCAUUCCUUUACUAAACUUGCUCCAGUUUAUCAGUGUCUAUUCUGGACUGGGGGGCCAAAAACUGGAUGCAGCGUUCUAAGUUCAGUCCAACAAGUGCUGAUUAGAGAAUGAUAAUCACAUUCCUUAGACUACUGGCUACGCUACUGUAGAUGCAGCCAAAGAUACUGUUGACCUUGUUUGUUGCCAAGGCACACUCCUGGCUUGUUUAGCUUGCUGAAUAUGCACCAAGACUCCCAAGUUUUUUUCCACAUUGCAAGGGCAUAUCUCUUUCCAAGAAUUUGCAUUUCCUGUUGAAUUUUUUAUGGUUCCUGUCAGCCUUUUUCCCCAGUCUGUCUAGGUACCACUCUGCAUGACAGCACUGCCCUACAAUGUAUUGACUGUUCUACCCAGUUUUGUGUCAUCUGCAAACGUGAUAAGUAUAUAUUUUAUCACCACUUCUAGUUCACCAACAAAGAUAUACAUUCAUACACAUGGAAUCAUAGAAUGGCUUGGGUUGGAAGGGACCUCAAGGACCAUAAAGCUCCACCCCCUCUUCCACAUGCAGGGCCACCAAACUCCACAUUGGAUACUAGCCCAGGCUUCCCAGGGCCCCAUCCAACCUGGUCUUGAACACUUCCAGGGAUGGGGCAUCCACAACCUCUCUGGGCAGCCUGUGCCAGCACUUCAUCACUCUCAUAGUAAAGAACUUCCCUCUGAUAUCCUACCUAAAUCUUCCCUCCUUCAACUUAAAACCAUUUCUUCUUGUCCUGCUGUUGUCUACCCUUGUAAAGAGUUGGCUCCCCUCCUGUUUAUAGGCUGUUUAUAGGUUUAGGUAAUGAAAGGCUGCAAUGAGGUCACUUCUCAGCCUUCUCCAGGCUGAACAAGCCCAACUCCCUCACCCUGUCUUCAUAAGGAAGGUGCUCCAGCCCUCUCAUAAUCUUUGUGGACCUUCUCUGGACUCUCUCCAGCAGCUCCCUGUCUUUCUUGUACUGGGAGCCCCAGACCUGGAUGCAGGGGCCUCACAAGAGCAGAGUAGAGAGGGAUAAUCACUUCCCUGUCCCUGCUGGCUACCCCUCAUCUGAUGGAGUCCAGGAUACCAUUUGCUUUCUGAAGUGCAAGAGAUCACUGCUGGCUCGUGUUAAGAUUUUCAUCCACCAGGACCCCCAAGUCCAUUUUCUGCAGGGCUACUCUCAAGGUCUGGGAUUCCACCAGCCCAAGUACAAAACCUUGUACUUUGCUAUGUUGAACCUCAUUAGAUUCUCCCAGGGCCACCAUUCAAGACUGUUGAGGUCCCUCUGAAUGGCAUCCCUUCCUUCCACUGUGUCAUCCACACCACUCAGCUUGGUUUCAUCAGCAAACUUGCUGAGGGUGCACUCAAUUUCACUGUGGAUGUCACUGAUAAAGAUGUUAAAGAGCACUGGUCCCAAGACAGACCCCCUGGGGCGUGCCACAUGUUACUGGCCUCCACCUAGACAUAGAACCAUUAAUCACCACUCUUUGUCUGCGGCCUUUCAACUAAUUUCUUAUCCGUUGGGUGGUCCACCCAUCAAAUCCACAUCCCUCCAAUUCAGAGAUAAGGAUGUGGUGGGGGACCACAUCAAAGGCCUCGUAGAAGUCCAGGUAAAUGACAUCAGUUGCCUUCCCUGGAAAAGCAUGCAUCCUCUUCUAGAAUCUUAUUCCCACAAAAUAUUUAGUCUUAGAGCUUCAUUGCGGGAUUUGAGGAGUGUUGUUUGGUAUGUAGAAUAACACAUAUUAAUCUUGGUGCAUGAAUGCACUGACAGAACACCAACUCUUUUUCUGACGGUAAGUUCUUAAGAAGAUUCCAGAUAUUUUAGAUGGUGUCGUCUCUUGAGGGAGGGUCAUUUUUAGUUUAGUGGAAGAACGUAGAGGUAAACAUUUUUGACAAUGCCGCACAAGUGUUGGUAGGGACGUGGAAAAAUACUUAGCAAUGGGAUUAUUAUUAUUAUUAUUUUUCUGUACUGUUAUUAUGGAUGUACUGAGCUGCAGAACUCCAAAGGGUUUAAGGUAGUAUCUUCACCAUAUGUAUUGUUCUGUAUGAUUUCUAAAAAGACAGUGAUAAGGAACAGAUGCUUAAGUUCAUUGUUUGGGGUGAAGUUUUUGAGUACUGAGUUUUGAUAUAGUUAAUUCUUUCUUCCACAGAUAUUUUAAAAAUAUGGAUAAGUCCACUGAUAAAAUUUUAUUGUUGAAAUUUUAUUGAAGAUGAACUGCUAUUUUUUUUUUUUUUCAUUUUUAUGCAAAUAACUUAGCUACCAAAAGUAGGUUUACUUUAAAGGCACAGCUACUACUCUGUUAGGAGCAAUUAUACUUUGUACUGUUUCUUACUUCUGUUUUCUCUAGUUUUUCUCCUCUGAUGGGAUGAAACUAGUUGAAUUCCUGUUUUUGGGGGUCUUUUUUUUUGUUUGUUUGUAUUUUGCAUUUGAGAAUAGAACUAAAUUGCUACUCUCUUUGUCUAAUUUCAAAUUUAAAAAAAUGGAUAUCUGUUCAGUUCUUAAAUUCUGAAAUAUUUUCCUAAAUCUGUAACAAACAAAAUGGCUAUGAUUUCUAACCCUUGAUGCAUGACUACAUCUUUGUAACCUAUUAAAAUAUGUUUUGUCUGAGUACACAAAUUACAUUUGUCAUCUCUUUUUCCUCAAUCAGAUGUUCUUAUCUUAAUUUAGACAUCUGUUUUUUCAUUAUGGCUACUGGGCAAAUGAGAGAAAUCCUACAUGAAUAGUGUACACUUUUAGUGCUGGUUCAUGCUGACAAUAGUAAGCUGUUCCUUCUGUCAAUUCUUACCAGAUCUUAAAUGUCAUAGGUCUUUUGUAUUAAAAUUCACUGAAAAGCGGGAUACUGAAAAAAGAUCAUACAAUCACAGAACUGUAGAGGUUGGAAGGGACCUCUAGAGAUUAUUGAGUCCAACCCCCCUGCUAAAGCUGGUUCCAUACAGCAUGUUGCACAGGAAAGCGGCCAGGCAGGUCUUAAAUACCACCAGAGAAGAAAAUUCUGCAGCCUCUCUGGACAGCUUGUUUCAGUGCUCCAUCACUCUGACAGUGAAGAAGUUAUUCCUUGUUUUAGUAUGGAACAUCCUCGUUCCAGUUUCUGCCGAUUGCCCCUUGUUCUACUGUUGCUCACCACCAAAAAGAGUCCACCCCUAUCACCUUGAUUCCUACAAUUUAGAUGUUUAUUAACAGUGAUGAGAUUCUAUCUCAGCCUUCUCCAGAGUCCCAACCUGAAAUCUUCUAGAAGGUAGAAUUUAGAAGGUAAGAACGGUCUUAUUUCAGAGCCUUGUUCAUUUCUUGGGUAGUUUUUCCUAAGCAGAUUUACCAAAUGGUCAUCUUGGCAUGAUAGAGUUGUAAUGGGAUGGCUGUCUUCUAGAUUGAGGGAGCUCAUAGAGAAUCACUGUAAGAAGGAAGACGGGGGAAAUGUAUAAGGGAAUAGGGAAAUAUACUAUGUUUCUGGUGUAUGUUUUACUCACUGCUGUCAGGAACUACAGAAGGGUGCUAAUUUAUUAUUUCUGAAAUUAUGAUCUUGAGCUGUUCAUGGUAACAAACCAAAUUUAUUUUUUUAGAUUGUUUUCAUAAGUCUUUCUUGUUAGACAUUGGAUGGUAUGGAUAAUCAAAGUGAUGAUGCAAUCCAGGGAACUAUCACCUUCAGCCUUGUAUUUGUUCAAUGGGUCCUGACAAACUUGCAUACAGUGUUCUUUCUGUUCCUAUGUGAGCAUUUGCUUAUCCCACAUGGCGCACAUUUUGCUGUAGUCCAAAGUUGCCACAACUGUUUCCAAUGCAUCGAAGCCAAUAUUCAGCUCUGUACUCAGUUCACAGUCCACCAAUUCACACAAAGGAGCUGAUGGAAAUACCCUUCACUUCGUGGGUGUGCGUGGCCAUCCGGAAUGUGGCUUGUCUUUCAUGUUGCUAUCACCACUGCUGAAAUGCAUCACCCAGCACCUCACUGUGCUCUUAUCCUCAAUGGAUGCCAUUUUUUCCACAUGGAGGAAUUUAAUUUCACGCCUUUUGUUCAUAUGCAAUUCCAUAUCAGAUGCUAUUUUAUCAGACUGUGCCUCUGCUGCCGUCUGUCACACAACAACAAAAUGUAAUGAAGUAUUGGUGGGAAGGUUCAGACUCUACUGCCCUACCAACACCAUCUGCCUCUGAUGUCAUGGACCUACGUAAUAAAAUAGGAGGCAUUACUUUCAGAUCUCCCUCGUAUUAACGUAGCCCUGAGUUGUGUGCAUGCUUUCCAUCACUCACUUGCCCAGCAAUCUAAACUAUUUUGGGCAGGAAAUAAAAGAAUUAAUUGGGACUGUGUUACGAAAGAUGGCAGUAUUUGUGAGAGCCUUACUUCAUGUUUCAGCAGCUAGGAUGAUGCAGUCCAUCAAGGAAUCUCCCGUGGCUCAACUUGAGGCCAUUCCCUCUUGUCCUAUUGCUAGCUACAUGGGAGAAGAGGCUGACCCACACCUCACCACUAACUCCCUUCAUGUCGUUGUAGAGAGUGAUUACAUCUCCCCUGAGCCUCCUCCAGACUAAAUAAUCCCAGUUCUUUCAGCUGCUCCUCAUAAAACUUAUGCUCCAGAGCCUUCACAGCUUUGUUGCCCUUCUCUUGAAUGCGCUCCAGUGCCUCAAUGCCUUUCUUGUAGUGAGAGGCCCAAAACUGAACGCAGCACCAGAGGUGUAGCCUCACCAGUGCUGAGUACAGAGGGAUGAUCACUUCCCUGCUCCUGCUGGCAGCACUAUUUCUGAUACAAGCCAGAAUACAAUUGGCCUUCUUGGCCACCUGGGCAUUCUGCUGGCUCAUGUUCAGCCAAGCAUCGACCAAAACCCCCAGGUCUGUUUCCUCUACAGAGAACAAAGAAAUCUUGUUGCAUCUGACUCUGAUGAGAAAAUCAUAUUAUUAGAGUUCUUAAAAAAAAUGCUAUCUUACAAUAUCUAUCAUAGUGAUAACUGAGAGAUGUUUGCUCUUAACUGGAUUUGAAAGGAGUCCUCACACAGUAUGACUUAAAAGACCAAGGAUGUGGGACUUACCCACCUUGUUUUAGAAUAUUUCAUGUCAGCAGCCUGAGAUCUGAGAAUUGUCAGCAGGCACCCUGACCGGAAAGGACAAGGUUUCCCAAGUUCAGUGUUACCUUAGACAAAUGGCAUUACUUGGUUUAAUGUUUAUUCUUGAAUUCACUUGGGUUUUGCCCUCCUGUUUCAGCAUUAAGAAGAAUUAAAAUUCUUAACAUCUGCUCAUGGAAAAAUGAUUUUAAGACAGAUAGCUUGGUUGAUAUAAUUCCAUAUUGAAAACAAACUUUUACUGGCAUGCUAGAUGUUAGGAAUUGCAAGGUGGGUAGCAGUUUUCUACCUCAUUUAAUUCAUAUAAACAUUUUCUAUCUAGUACUAUGCCAGAUAUUUUACACUCCAUUUACAUUCAAAUGGUUUUCUAGGAAAUAUGAAUGAGAGUAAUCUGGCAUUCAGAAUCCUUUUUCAAUAAACAAAACAAAAACCACCAGCACAACCCCCAAAAGCUGCAUUUUUACAGUGUUUUCCUUUUAUUUUCAUGCUUUGAGGUAAACUUUGCUUGAAUGUCAGUAGCAGUGAAAUCUUCCUAGUGGAUCUAGAGAUUCUCAAGUCACUUAUUUUAUUACUUGAAUUAGAAAUAUUACAUUUGUUAUUUAAUUUAUAAAUCCAUCUUCAAGAUUAUUGCUUUUUGAAACAUUUUUGGUUCAGUGAGUUGUCUUUUCUGAUGGACAGAUGAUAUGUUCUACUGCAGAAUGGACUGCUUAAGUUUGAACGGUGGCCUAACUGUCUCAAUCUAUGCUAUAGAUGACAUAAAUAACUGCCAAAAUAAUGCCUUACUUGCUUUGUCAGUUCAGACUAGUCUGAUUGUACAUUAUGAAUCUAUAAAACUUGGUCAGUUAGGGCUUUUUGUAGUAAGUUUAUGAAUAGCACCAAUGAGAGAUGUAUACAGCAUUUCAUAAAUUUAUUCAAUACUUUAAUAAAAUAAAAUUCACAGCAUGAUGUUAUUCAAUAUCAUUUCCUGUUGUAAAAUGCAUAAGCUGUGGCACAGUGUUUCAGCAACUAAUCCACACACAUUAGAUGAAUAUUAUAUGUCUUGACUUAUUUAUAUAAAUUCUCAUUAAAAUAUGAAUAAACUUUUCUUUGCUCCAAUUAGUGCUGUGUAUAUCAGAUUGGGAACUGGAACUCUUUCCUGGAGAAGAAGAGGGAAUGUGGGGGGAAAAAGAGAUUAAAUUAACUUUACUUAUAACAGAUAAUAUCCUUAGUUGGCAUUGAGUAGUAGAAGCAAAAAAAAUACUAAACAAAAAACAUAGAAAAUAUUUUUAUCAUAUUUUAUUUUCCUUGGAGAAAAACUGCAAGGUAAUCAAGCAUUACAUACAACACAUAGCAUUUUAAUUAAGGACACGAUUAUCUUUUUUACUGUGUCCAGUGUUAUAUAUAGAAUAAUCCUUCUUCCAGCAUAUACACACAUUAUAUAUAUGUGUGUGUGUGUGUGUAUACACUAAUAUACAUACAUAUAUAUAUUCAUAUACACACAUAUAUAAAAUAUGUGGAAACUAUAAUGAUAUUGGUAUGCUCAAAACUUCGCUAGGCAGAAAGAUCUAUACCAGCUUCAGCCAAUCUUUCACCUGCUUGUUCCUUCUGGAGUUGUAGGUUCCACACAGUAUUUAUGGAGCAGAUACUACUCAGUUAAUACAAUGCUUUUCUCAUUUGAGGGUAUUGUUUUGGAAAAUAUCACUUUAGUCCUGAGGAAAUAAAACAGUUUGGCAAGAAGUAUCAGGAGGCUUGGCUAGAGUUCCUAUAUGUAUCUCUGAGACAGAAUUUUGUUCAACAAUACUCUCUUACCUCUUGACAACUUGCACUGAAUGACUUUUAUUUUUUUCUCCCCUUGAACUUUUCAUUCUCUUGUGGUUAGACUGAACUGUGUUUUUUGGAGCAGAGGUACGCAAGCAUCAUUUUUUUCCUCUCUUUAAGAUCUGGUAUGGUUCUUGAGCUUUGUGCUGAGGGACUUCACCUGGUGACUUUCCUUUUGGCUGAGUUCAUGCAUUGUGCUUAAGCUUCUGGAAAGCUAACGUUUAUCUGUUUAAACAAGCCUGCGAAUUCUAAUGCGAAUUGAAUAAUCUUUAAUCUGUGAAAGUUAAAGCUGAGAACUGUGUGGAAAUAGUUGUUUCUGACCUGGAAAAAAGCCAAAAAUGUUUCACGUUAACUUCAGGGCUUCUAAGUUAUUUACCAGGAGUUUUGUUCAGCCAGAAUAAUCCAAAACAGCAAGAUGCCUGGCCCCAUUCCUUCCAUGUAUUUUAACAGAAAACAAUAUAAACAAACUUGUUUUUCUCUGGCUCUGUCCUUGUUCUUCCUUUGCCCCACACAGUUAUUUUAUAUUUUGGAUUAUGAAUCUAGACAGGUAGAAUUUCACUUGAUGGAGGUGUUCCUAGCAGGAAUUCUGAGAUUUCUCUUUAGGAUUUAACGUGUGCAAAAUAUGGCUGUCUUUGCAUUUGCAAGGUGUCCUUUUAGGAAAAUUAGGUAGGAGCUAUUUAGUGUGGAGGAAGUUGAAAAGUUGGCCUUGCUCUUGGCUAUGGCAAAACAAAUAUUUUGGCAUUCAAUUAUUUAUAUUUUUUAUGUCUAACUUCAUGGAUGUUUCUGGACUUAGCGUAAUUAUACUCUGUUUUUUUCUCUUGAUGAUAAGGAAGAUUCAUACUGUGUACCCUUAUGUAAAAAAAUAAUGUUCAUCUAGUCUAAUUACUAACAGCUUAAACAAAAUGGAAAGCAGACUGAUAUUUUGAAGAACCUUCAUGAAGCACAUAAUGCUCAAAAUCCGAAUCGGAUGUUAAAUUAGGAUCCAUGUUCCAGCAAACCAUUUUGUUCACUUAACAGCUUAUGACCAAAACAGUAACUGUAGUUUUAAAGAAAGUGCUUUUCUUUGAACUUUAUGGAAAAGUUAGUUUUGUGUUGCAGGUCAGAGUAGUACUAAAUGCUGAAUUAAUUACCUUUUCUUAUAAUCUCUGUUUUUCUUAAGCAGGCUAUUAUGUUGGACAAUGCUUCCACACUGCUCUUUGAUUUGAAAGAUCAAAGCUGUUCUCUGAAGAGUUUUGAUUAACUGUGAAGACUAGCUAUGUUCAACACUAAUAGGUAUACUAAAGUGCUGCCAAGAUUAAUGUGGAGAUGACCCUC